AGAUGCAAACCACGAUGACAACGCGACGACUCGGCCUUCUCGGUCUGCUGGUGGCGCUGGGCUGCCUGGUGGCGCAGGCCACGCCACACGGCUGGAGCAGCGGAGGUGGCUCCGGCGGUUGGUCCUCCGGCGGCGGAGGCAGCAAGGUCAUCAUCAGUGCCUGGCCAUCCGGCGGUGGCGGCGGAGGAGGCUGGUCCUCCGGUGGCGGAUCAGGAGGAGGCUGGAAGAGCGGCGGCGGCGGCUGGUCAUCCGGUGGCUCCGGAGGCGGUGGCUGGAAGAGUGUUGGCGGCUCUGGCGGCUGGUCCUCCGGCGGAUCCUCUGGCUGGCCCACCUCGGGCGGCUCCUCCGGCUGGAAGUCGGGCGGCAGCUCGGGAUUAUCCAGCGCCCUGUCCAGUCUCUCUAGUUGGAAGUCCCAGGCCCUGGGUAGCUUGAGCAGCGGCUGGAAGAGCGGCGGUGGUGGAGGUGGCUGGUCAUCUGGUGGCUCGGGAGGCGGUGGCUGGAAGAGCGGCGGCGGCUCAGGCGGUUGGUCAUCCGGUGGCGGAUCCUCCGCGUGGCCCAGCAAGAUCAGCAGCGGCUGGUCCUCCGGCGGCGGUGGAGGUGGCGGUUGGUCAUCCGGCGGGAGCGGCGGCUGGAGCUGGUAAGCAGAUCCUGCAUACCCGACGACAUCCAACCGAGGAAAUCCGGCGACGAGGCGACACUAGAAUCCACUGCUCAACUUGUACAUAACAUUCUCUGCCCUAAACUUAAUCAACAUUUUUUUUGUGUUUCUUAAUAUGUGAAUAAAUCUUACGAGAAAGUAA